AUGAUGGCAUUUGCACCUCCAAAAAGCAUAGAUGGCCCCAAAAUGCAGACAAAGAUGAGUACCUGGACACCCCUAAACCAUCAGCUUUUGAAUGACCGGGUAUUUGAAGAAAGAAGAGCUCUGCUUGGAAAAUGGUUUGACAAAUGGACAGACUCUCAACGGAGAAGAAUCUUGACAGGCCUGUUAGAACGUUGCUCCCUGGCACAGCAAAAGUUCUGCUGUCGAAAGCUUCAGGAAAAAAUUCCAGCAGAAGCUCUGGAUUUUACUACCAAGCUUCCAAGGGUGUUAUCUUUAUACAUCUUUUCUUUCCUGGACCCCCGAAGCCUUUGUCGUUGUGCACAGGUGAGCUGGCACUGGAAGAACUUAACUGAGCUGGAUCAGCUCUGGAUGCUCAAAUGUUUACGAUUUAACUGGUACAUCAAUUUCUCUCCAACUCCCUUUGAGCAGGGUAUAUGGAAGAAGCACUACAUUCAAAUGGUAAAAGAACUUCAUGUUACCAAGCCUAAGACACCUCCAAAAGACAGGUUUGCGGUUGCUGACAUUCAACCAGUUACAAGCAGUUCUCCAGAGGAAAAGCAGUUUCCAGCAUCCGCUUUCCGGUCCUCUUCCUCUUUGAGAAAGAAGACUCACGGGGAGAAAGAACUCCCACCCUGGCGAUCCUCUGACAAACAUCCAACUGAUAUCAUUCGUUUCAAUUACCUGGACAACUGUGAUCCCAUUGUGCAAAUCUGGCAAGGAAGGAGGAAAAGACAUGAAAUGAACCCAGAUUUCAGCCGACAGUCACAUGAUAAGAAAAAUAAAUUGCAGGAUAGAUCUAAACUAAGGAAAGCACAGUCACUGAUAUCCCUGAGUGCAGAACCCAGCCCCGCUCUACAAGUUCCUGCUCAUCUCGCCUGGUCUCCUCAUGGGUGGGCAGGGCUCCCAGCCACCGAAGCAGCAACGAAAAUCCUCACACAGCAUCUCCAGAGGCACUCUGGGCUUCAGGCAGUACCCAUCCAGGCUCCAGAUCCGGAGUCAGUUUAA